AUUCAAGCGCCGACUUGAAGAUGACUUGCAGAGCUACGCCAACAAUAUGUCAGUCCAUUGGAAGUAGAAGAUGCUAUUCGACGAGCUAUUCACGGCCGAUUGGAAAACGCCCCCCUUCGUCUAAUCAACACAUCUACCGGACGUUUGUGCAAUCGGGACACGCAGAUCAACGCAUUCACGGAGAGCACAGAGUACAAAGAGCUUUUUCAUUCAUUGGACAUACAUGCGCCCCUUCAAACGGAGCCUAUCAAAGAAGCAGUCGCAAAGUACUUCAGCUGGGCCAUGUUUUGUGAAGUUGCAGAAGUUCUGCAAAGUGGCUCGCGAUGGGGGGCAACGUUGUGCGUGGAGCGACACAUGCUGCAUCGACCAGAACAACAAUGUUGAGGUCCAGCAAUCAGUCAACUUCAUGUUCGUAUCGUACCACCACUCAGCGUUCACCAUUGUCUACCUAUCGGAUGUCCCUCCUUCAUCAGAGCCUGGCGCGCUCGCAAGCAGCACUUGAAACACGCGAGGAUGGAGUGUCCAGGAGUUUCCUGCCCCUAAAGUUGUCCUCUUCUACCAAGCAGAUUGGACCCCAUAUCUCGACGACCGCUCACGCAACCACAAGGAGUCUGCCAGCAUCAUGAAGGGGUCGAAAGAUGCAACAGACAUAAAUGCGUCGGCGCUUGUUGACUUUCAUCCGGGUACAAGAGAUGCCCGAGAGAAACUCCGAUGGGCAUCAACACGUGUAUUCUUGAAUGGGUUUCAGAACUUCCUCUCGAAACUUGAAAUUCCGCUUGA